AUGGAAGAGAGACCAGCGAGCCUGGUAAGUCAACAGAGGAGGAGAUGCAGGGGCCUUGAUGUGGGUCAUGGGGUGAGGGGCGGAGACUGAUUGAAACAGGGCAACAGGCUGGAGGUGGGGGGAGGUGGACUUAAGCCUUGUCCUGAGAAUCCCAGCUGGGCAAAAAGACCUCACUUGUGGGGCUGACAACAGACAAGGCUGCUCUCCCCAUCCUGAUACUUCCUUGUUUUCCCUUCCUCGCAGCCUCAGCACCACCAGCUGGCAUCCUGGGGCAGUUGCUGGUGAUAGAUCCUGAUGUUGAAAACCAGAUACCGCCCAGCCCUACUUGUUUUCUUAGCCCAAUGUGCAAUAUUGUUUGCAAGCCCUUCUUCCUAAGACUGAACCUCAGGCUUCCUUCGUUACCAAAGCCCUUUGCUCCUUAUAGUAUCCUGGGGGAGAUGCUGAGCAUCUCCCCAUCCCCUACUGCUUUCUGGCAACUUUUCAAACCUGCCAGGCCAGGAGCCAAAACAUUCUGGUGUUCUCCUCUGCCUCCUUUUCAUGUUUCGUCAACAGCCAUUGUUUUCCUUUUCCUGGAGCUGAAUAAUCAGGAUUGCUGCUGUGGGUGGUGGUAAAACCGCAGGACUUCAGGGUAGCUGUCCUGAGGCUGGUGGUGCUUGCAGAUGGUUUGGGACAGCUGCAAGGAGAACCCCAAGACAAGAUCCUGGUGAAAAGGUUGGCCCCACAGUGUGCCCAUUGUGGUGCUUGCAUUGGUAGGUGGGCCUCAUGGAUGGGGGCUUCUUCCCCCUCCCUCCCAAUUAGACCAAAUGAUGUUGGUGGGGGUCCGUGCCAAAUAUCUAAUUGCCCUCUUUCUGCUGUGACCAGGGGUGCAAGCAAUUCACACCUUUUUUAAGGAGGAGGCAAGGGGUUCAGCCUGUGUGUGUGUCCAUGUCUGCUUAUAUAUAUUUAGCCACACAACUCAGCGGAAGCCUCUACACACUGACUUCAUGCUGCUCAACACCUUUUAGGAUUAGCCCCAAGAUCCUAGGCCUGAAAAGCCAUCAGAACUUCAAGUAUUGAUGCACGUAGAGGAAACAGGUCUUUGGAAGCUGUGCUGACAGUCAGAAGGCAGACUCUAUCUGGCCCUCUGACAAAAGCUUAGAAAUCAGAAAGUUCUGGCUGUGCCUCCUUUGUCUUGAGCAGGAACUAUUUCCCUUUGGAGAAACAGCCAGUUCCCUGUUCUUCUGUCUCUUCUUUGACAUGAGGGCUGCCUUUCCCUAUAUGUGGCACUGAUGACUGAGAAGCCCUCUUGGAGCUUGUCAGGGCCAAACCAAAGCUUGCAUUGGGGCCAAAAAGGAGACAGAAUGACACAGGAGGUCUGCGGCUGGGUCUCUCGGCCAUUUCAUUUCCCCUUAAAAGCAGUAAUGGGAGGGAGGUCCUGCAAACUGAAUUGCAGCAGUGACAUGGGAGUGAAACCUUCCCCUCACUCCCAUUUCACCACACACAACGCCAGGCUUAUAAGCCCCACAGCAGGGCUAGCAGCAGCUUGUGAAAAAGAUGAUGGCGAUCCAGUUAAUAAGGUUGUUAGUGAAUCAGAGAGAGAGAAUUUUCCACCUGGUUGUGACAUGAUGGCCCAGCAGCAUUCCAUGGCCCUGGGAGGCAUCCCUGCAUUUAGAAAAGCGCCAGGUUGGAACUGGGAUCAUCAUUUCUCAGGCACUGCUGGUCACCUGCUCCCUGCACUACCAGAGUUGCUGCAGGGCAGAGGGGUGGAAUUGCUGAUAGUUUCAGCUGGGGCACAUGUUGGAGUCGUUCAGCAGAAUCCCUGAUCUGGAUAACUGAGCUUUCCGCCCCAAGAAUGAGUUUCAAAGCUUUGCUACAGAACAGUCUUAAAACUACAUAGUUACCUAUAAACAUUACUAAGAACAGAAUACAAAGUAGCACAUUGCACUCACUACAUUAAACUUUUAUAUUUCUAUUUUUUUAAAAAAUAAUUUUUAUUAACAGGCCAAUCACAUCACAUUAUCACAUUGAUUCCAAAUUAUACAGCCAAAUUUUAAAUUUUGUUGGGGGUACCCAUACAUCAAGCUCAGCUCGAGUCCAAAACAGCAUCACUUAUCUUACUGCAUUAAUUAGACAGUUCUCUCCAGUUUGAUCUGGAAAGUCCUUUGUUACUUCUUUUCUCUUCUUGUUGUUAUCAUAAAUUUCCUUUCUUUGCAAUCUCUGAUGAUUUUCACAAGCAGAAUAACAGCAGGCAUUCUAUGUGGGUUUUGUACUUUUUCAGAAAUCAUAUCGAUCCGGGACAGCCUCUGUACAACGCUUCCAUAAACAAAGUUAAUCUCCGAUCUGUCCUUUAUUUUUCUCAGGCUUACCAAAUAACAAAUGAGUCUGGGGGUUCUGUCAGGUCAAACUUACAUUCCAACAUUCCUUCUCUUUCAAACAAUCCUGAUUCUCCUCCCCCAGUCCUUCUUCCUCGGUAAACCUGUCAUGGCGAGACGCCAUUUUUUUAACUGCGUCAUAAAAAAUUUCUUCCUUUCUCACCGUUCUGCCGUCUUUUUUCCUUAUACUCCGUCCCACAUAGUUCUUAAAGUCCUGCCUGUGAUUCAUAGAAACGCGACGAUCUUGUUUCUAUCUGGGGUGAAGGGUUAUUAAUAUCACAUCAUGCAAAGAAAAAAAGAGUUUUUUCCUCCACCCCCCCUUCGUUCCAAACAUACAGUCUCCUUAUGGUGAUUCGUCAGAAGAUUUACUUAUCCAUCCAUCACGCCUGGUCGCAGAGAUCCAUUAAUCAGCAGUCUUCGAGCUUUACUUGAUGUAUGUGCUUUCAGCUUCGUUUCCAAUCGUGUGUUUCCAAUUAUAAUUCCAGCUGAAGCAACCAGCACGCGCUGAUUGGAAUCGGCGUCAGGAAGGUCUGACUUCACCGAGGGCCUUUUGCCAAGUGUUCGGCACCCCCAUCACUCGUUUCAGGGGGUGCAUUGUGAACACCGCUGGCAGGGCAGUUCUCCUCCACAUCCUGGAGGAGUCAGGAAGGCUACAUACUUCCCAUAGUAGCCCCUUAGUACCUUGUAUGGGUCAGAGAGAUGUUAUUGUCAGCCAUCUUCCAACGCGCCACCUGGUGGCCCCCUAAACUUUUAUAUUUCUAACAGCAUGUACAAAACAGCCCAUAAGCCUCCCGGCCUAGGAAGUCAAAUGACAGCAGAGGGCCAAUUGGGUGCCACUGCUAUAAAUACUCCCAGAUCUGCUUCCUCUCAGUCUUGGCAACUUGGCCUUGAGUCCUCACCCUGUGUGAGUAGACAUUUCUGACUUUGGACUCUUCCAGAUGACUUGUACAUGGAGCAUCUAUUUGCCCUGGCUUGUUUGCACAAAGCUAAUGCAGUUGUUAGACUACUGUUAUAUCCACACAAUCCAUUGAAGCACCCUUACAACACUUUAACAACAAUGGCUUCCUUCAAAGAAUGCUGGGAACUGUAGUUUGCUAAGGGUGUGGGGUUCAUAGAUCCACCAUUCUUAACAAACUACAAUCCCCAGGAUUCUCCACAACUGUAAAAGUGAUAUAAGAGUAUUUUGAAUAGAGGGUGUGGAUGUGGACUCAGUCUGGUCUUUAUUGAGCCUUCCUUCUGUUUUGUUAUACAACAGCUAACAUUUAUCCUGAAUUCAUCCUAAUGUGCUCGCACGGUGUUUCUACAUUCAAUCACCCCACAUUUCCAGUGCUUUUCACUGUCACUUUCCAAACUGCAAAAAGUUCAAUGCUUUCUUGAAGUGGAUUUUCUGCGCUAGAGCGACAGAGCCCUUUAAUUCACUUUAACUGUGCAAACCUAAAGUUCCCAAACACAUUUGAAUCCCUCAUGGAAAAGUGACAGGCCGGAGGCACCCCAGGCUUCUUGCCCAAGAGACUUGCAUGCCUUUGCCCACAAGGAAGACAGUAGCAAGCAGAUGCAAAUAAUCAGUCCUUGGCUAUUAUAGGUGUGUUCCCAAAGCAGAGGUGGGGGCAGCCACUGCCUUUUCAGGGAAGGAAGUGCAUGAACUGAAGCACCCAAUCCCCCCUCCCUUGGUUGCUCAAACAGAUACUAACGAUUGACUCAACAAGGUGGCCUCAUUGAGGGGGAGCCAUCUGCAGUAACUGGAUGCAGACAUAUAGGUCACACCAGAAUCGAUCAGGUGACUUCUUUGCAAAGAUGCCCUGUGUUCCCAUCCCUUGAAGAAGCAGCUUAGGAAAACAUUUCUGGAGGUCCCUUUGCAGCCUGGACUCCUGGCCAAUAGAACAGGGCUGGUCUGGGACAUUUUGCAUCUUGGGGCAAAAUGCUCCAUCCCGCAGCCUCCCCCUCCUCCAGAACUGUGCCCUACCCCUGCCUCCAUGGGGGGGCAUGCUCACAGCAAAGGAGGCGGCAGUGGGGGCAUGGCAGUGUGGUACAGGAUUGGAGAAGACUGGCCGGGUUCUCCUUGGGCCCAGAUCUGCCUCAUGAGGGCCAGAUUAAGACCUUUAGAGGCCCUAAGCACUUAAAAGAUUUCGGCGCCCCCAUAUAUAUCUAAUUCAAAAUAUGAACAACAAUAAACCAUAAAAUUAAAUUAUAGUUUUUCAAAAUGAAACCUGCAGCGAGAUGGAAAAUAAUGUUUAUUUUUGUAUACUUCCACUUUAUUUAUAUUUGGGGGGGGGAUUUCUCCUACUUUUUCUAAUUGCAAAGUCUUUGAUCAGAUCCUCAAAACCAAUCUUACACAACACAUCUGCUUCUAUACUUAGUAGAGAUAAGGAAUCCAGCCUGCCUUGUUGCGUAGCCAUUCCGUUGGGAUUUUUAAUAUACUUACAAGUGAGAAAAUGAAUGGAAAAUUUAUGACCAUUAAUGCUAAAAAUCCGGCAAUGGAAAAUUUAUGCGGUGCCCCACCCUUCCCUUGAUGCCCUAAGCAUGUGCUUAUUUUAAAAAGGUAAAGGGACCCCUGACCAUUAGGUCCGGUCGUGGCCCACUCUGGGGUUGCGGCGCUCAUCUUGCUUUAUUGGCCAAGGGAGCCAGCGUAUAGCUUCCAGAUCAUGUGGCCAGCAUGACUAAGCCACUUCUGUCGAACCAGAGCAGUGCACGGAAACACCAUUUACCUUCCCGCCGGAGCGGUACCUAUUUAUCUACUUGCACUUUGACGUGCUUUCAAACUGCUAGGUUGGCAGGAACAGGGACCGAGCAACGGACGUUUACCCUGUCGCAGGGAUUCGAACCACCAACCUUCUGAUCGGCAAGUCCUAGGCUCUGUGGUUUAACCCACAGCACCACCCGCGUCCCUUGUGCUUAUUUUGCUUAAUGGUCAAUCCAGCCCUGCCCCUCACCUCACUUUGUGGGCAGGCAGGUCCUGCAAUGGAGGCACCUUUGCUUUGAUGCUUCUAUAGCCUUCAAGGUCAGACCUACUAAAAAUGGUGGGAUUUCUCCAGGGCUACUGAUGAACGCUAAGAGCAGAGCAUAGGAAGCUGAGUAUAUGUCAGAAUUCUAUACAUUGCCUGGCACUCCAGAAUUCCAGGCAGUGGACAAUCCUAGCCCCACCUGGAGAUGCCAGGGAUUGAAGCUGCGACCUUCUCCAACAUGAGUGAGGUUUUUUUUAAGGCCUCAGUCAUGUUGACCUUUGGCUCCAUCAGAGAAAUAGCUAUGACCCGAGACCCUUUUCAGAACCCUUUAUUCAGUCUGAACCCUUUUUACCUGCAGGAAACUCCAACUGUGCAUCAUGCCAACCUGAAUCCCAGCUCUUGUGCCUCAUCAUCUGUCCUGCCCAUCGUGGCCCAACCUCCCCCACCAGAAGAGACCAUUCGAGGAGUUGCCUUCAGACCCUACCCUACAGACUCCAGACUGGCUCCUGUGCCCUGCGUGGCUCGCGAGACCUCAAGGGGUAAGAUGGAGGGUGGGGUGGGGAGAAGGAAGCCACCUGAUGGAAGCCCCUGCUGCUGCUGGAUGUAUAUUGAAGUGGGGGAGUCUGGAUAGUAUAUCCCAGGCAGGACUGGCAGAGCCAAGAACAUCUGCACCUUUCAAGGGGCUAAUGGAGUAAGGCAAAGUGUUAACUCAUCCCUUCCUCUUCUUGACUUCUGAGAUUUCAGGGUAACACAACAGAGAAGGAAGAAAUGAGCACAGUCAGGGGACAGAAGGAAGCAGGUCUCCCCAAGAAUGAGGAACCUAAUUGGCCUUCAGAAAUUAAUACAGAAACAAAGACUGUAAAUCCUGUUUUCCUGACAGCGGAUGGGUGUAAAGAUUUUAAAACAGUGCUAGUCAAGAUGAGGUUGUCUUUUUAAAAAAGCUUGCAAAAUGUCUUCUCGGAAAACCUUCUUCUGUUGUCCAGGAGAGAUGGGUGAAAUACACUAUAUUUUGGGCUCUGCUUGAGCCUUGGACUAUUGAAUUUCUUGAUUAGUUAUUGUUGGUAGAAGGAGGGACCCCGUAUCUUGGUUGAAUAUUGUCAAAGGAGUUCUACAUUUAAAUGUACAAAUGAUAAGAGAGGAAUGGUCCAGACUUUAGCGAAAGGAGACAAAUUAAUUUAGCCAGAUGCUCCUUGCAACUCAGUUUUGCUUGGACAUGUGAGUCUGGUUUGCUGUAAUAGAGUCUCUCUCCAAAAUUUCCUUCUAUGGUGCGGACUUAACCAUAGCAAAGCUGGAUGUUUUAGGGGUAUUUCAUAAUCAUAACCAAUCUGGUUCUUUUCUUUCUCCAACCGCAGCCUCCUCCACUCCAACGUUCAAGGCGUCUUGGAGGAUGGGCCAGAAGAGGUUGGCCCUCAUUGUCUGCAUCUUAAUCCUCAUUGUGCUUCUGGUGGCCCUCAUCCUGCUAUGUGAGUCCUUCUCCUCUCGUUUGUGGUGGGGAGGAAUGUGUCUCUGCUCUUCCUUCAUUCCAGGGAAUGAACAUCCUGCUUGAAGAAGAGGGCAGAUCUCAUACAAUUUAUGGAAUAUUUUUUAAAAUAUCCCUGAAUAUAGGUAAAGGUAAAGGGACCCCUGACCAUUAGGUCCAGUUGUGGCCAACUCUGGAGUUGCGGUGCUCAUCUCGCUUUAUUGGCCGAGGGAGGCAGCAUACAGCUUCCGGGUCAUGUGGCCAGCAGGACUAAGCCGCUUCUGGCAAACCAGAGCCGCGCACAGAAACACUGUUUACCUUCCCGCCGGAGUGGUACCUAUUUAUCUACUUGCACUUUGACGUGCUUUCAAACUGCUAAGUUGGCAGGAGCAGGGACCAAGCAACGGGAGCUCACCCCGUCGUGGGGAUUCAAACUGCGACCUUCUGAUUGGCAAGUCCUAGGCUCUGUAGUUUAACCCACGGCGCCACCCACGUCCCUGUCCCUGAAUAUAUUUUCCCUCAAAUUCAUAUUGGGGCAAUUCCCUUUUAGGCCAAUCAAAAUAUUACAAAACAGAGUGUGAGCUUUUGAGAUCUCCAGACCUGAGGCUAGAUGGCAAAUGAACUGGGGAGAGAGGGAAUUUUUUUGGCUUAUGUUGAAGCUAUGGAGUCUCCAUCUGGCUGCAGUCUUAAAACAGAUUGGGGGGAGGAUGGAGAAGACAUUCAAGUGAGGUUGUUUUAGGUGCUAGGCAGGCAUCAGGUUUCACCAGAGAGCCUUGGAAAGAAGAAAUACACAGUGGCUGAUUUCCCCCAUCUCUGGAACUACAAAAACCAGCUGCAGCUACUCAUCUCUCUCUGUGUCCUUAGGCAAAACACACAGGGGCCUUGAGAGGUAGAAAAGUCUUUUCUUCUCAUUUUUUUUAUUUUGAGAAAUCAGGUUGUUUAGGUUUGCAUAUAUUAUUUCCCCUCUAAUGUUUAUUUUUUUCAGGGUGGGGAUGAAAUUACAGAAUCUUUUCUUUCCAAACCUCUAGUCUACCACCCCAAAUUAUUUGGACUACAACUCCCCAUCAGUCCCAGCUAGCACAGCCAUUCUGCCCAGGGAUUAUGGGAGUUGUAGUCUGAAAUAUCUGGAGUGUGCCAGAUGGGGGAGGUUGUUUUGGCAUGUGUUUGUGUGUAGAAGCUUCUGUUUUCUUCUCUCCUGGGGUGAUGUUUGGGUGUGAGAGUAAAUAACUAAUCGCAGUAUGACAAGGAGGGACUGAGCCAGAAACCAAUACUUGGCUUAGGGGCCUGUAUGUGCUGCUGCAGCAUCAGAAGACACACAGCAACCCAAACGUCAUUUCUCUUUCCUUCUGCUGCAGGACAGGAAACAUGACAGAUACCCUGGUGGGUGGGUAAAUUUGGCCCUUGGAGUUCUUCCAUCUGUUUUGAAGAGCCGAGAGUCCUGCGGCUCAUGGGAGGGGCCCUGCUGUCCCUUACACCUGUGUGCGUUCUUCUUCCUUGCUCCUCUUUCAUGUUCUUCAGACUAUGUACCCACCAUACGUUUAAAGUACAUGACCUCCCCCAAAGAAUUAUGGGAGCUGUAGUUCGUUAAAGGUUCUGGACAUUGUAGCUCUGUGGGAGUAAACUAAAGCUCACAGGAUUCUUUGGGGGAAGUCAUGUAUGGUGUGUAUAAGAGGCUUACCUGUUGCGAUUUUAAAAUGAGGAAGCAAUGCAUAGGCAACAAGCAGUUUGAACAGGCAAAUAAAUGCAAAUGACAUGGUGUUACCGGGUGCCCCAUUUUUCAGGGUUCUGACUCUGCCAAGCCUGUCUUGAGAACUCCCCGCCCAGUUUUAGAUGUGACCUGGAUUCAUGGCUCCUCCCUUCCUUGGAAAAUUGGCUGAGAGCCCACAUUUCCUCACAAGGACACACUGGCUGGAGCCUUCCUCUCUUUCUCUUCUGUUUUGGAGUCAACAAUUGGGAAGGGAGAAGUUGGGGGAGCAGCUGCAGGCCAGGCUCCCUUUCCUUGGCAUCCAUCCCAUCCUCCUUCUGCUGGAUGGUCGCAGGAGGGUAGCUCCUAAGGCUGCCCAUUUGUUGACCUUCUCAGUAAGCUAUGAAUGCUGUGGGAACUGAUUAUCCAUGCUUCAGAGGGUCCCACACUUGUUCUGCGCGCACCCCCCACUGUGUUCUGCUCCCAUUCCAUACCAUGGCAUAGCCAUCUGUACAGGAAAGGGAGUGGCUGUCACCUGAUCAGUGUGACUUUAGCGGUGCCAAUUUCUAAAAAGAAAAAUCCUUUUUGAAAAUUGCACAUAAAAGGAUUUUUCAUUUAAGUGCUAUUACAGUGUUGCUGUUUUUUCUAAUAUAGGUGUUUUGACACUCAUUAAAAUAUGAGAUGGCUGUCACUCCUAAAAUGGUGCCAAUUGGGAAAUAUUCUUGUAAUUAAAAAAAAAUCUAAAAUGUUUCCAUUUGAGCUCUACUGCAUGAAUCUUUUUUUAUAUAGGCAAAACAAAAAACAAAACCAUUUUAGCAUAAGGUCAGGUUCAAAAAAUCUGUGCCACAAAACUAGCACUGACCAGGAAAGUAAUUGUGAAAGUGAUGUGUUGGGCUUGCCUGCCCAGUACAUAUGUCACAAGGCGGUAAGCACAGUGUGACAGUCAGUGCCAUUUUUCUAGAAAAAGAUCUGCAGGAACUUGACACAAACGCCUCUCUUGUUCUCUUAUAAUGGCAAGAGCGCCCACCUGUGAGGUGCCGGAACUGAGUUCCAGUGAGUUCCGGCUGCAAAAAAGAAAGCCCUGGCCGAAGGAGAUCCACACUUGUACAGAUUAUGCUUUUGUUUCCUUCACCUGUAUUUUUAAGCAGAAUUUUCUGCAAGCUGGUGAACAUGGGAGGAGCACAAGGAAAGCAUUGGGGGAACUUCCAGUAUUGGAUGCAGUAAACGCCAGUUGCUGGGAAUUAGGAGGGGAAACAGGACUGCUGAGGCUCUCAGAUCCCACAUGAAGUUGACUGUUGCCAUAGACCGCUUGGGCCUUGGGCCUGGUGGCAGCUGCAGGGCUCUUUUCACCUUCCCAAUUACCUUUUGAUGAUUGUAUCAGGCAGGUGCCCUGUUUUGUUUUUUAAAAAUGAACUGAGUGUGGUCAGCGUCUAAUAUAGAAGCACUUUUGGUGUCAUUUAGUUUAUGAGGGAUCGUCAUGCUCACUUUGACCACAUGCUCUGUGUGUGGGAGGAGAGUGUCCUCGUUAUCCUCUGGAGGUCACGAGGAUCACGAAGCCCUGACAAGGGAGGCGGUGUUUUCUGAAGGCUUGGAAUUCCCUUCAGGGCAUAACAGCUUCCCUCUGCUGGUCGCUGGAGCUUUCCUGACACCUGGUGGACAAGCCGUGGCAAAGAACACGGGAGCGUAAACACAGAUAAACUUCGAAGCCGAGACAAUCUUGUCAACGCAGCUCAGCUCAGAGAAAAGAGGGUGAGAUUCAUGAAUCCCUCUCCCUCUUUCUCUGCCCCUCGCAGUCUUGUUCUGGCGCUCUGGCACAGGCAUCGUCUACAAGGAGCCGGCCGAGAACUGCGACAGCCACGCGGUGCGCUGCGAUGGGGUCGCCGACUGCUCUCAGCGGAGCGACGAGCUGGACUGCGGUAAUGCCUUCCCCGGGGGUGCGGAGGGAGAAUUGUGCGGUGGGGCGACCUGCGGAGCUGGGGCCGAGCAAGUGCUCGCCGGGUCGGGAAGGGAGCCUCGGCCGGGUCGCCUGCUUACUCCGGCGAGCGACGGGCUUGAAGCGCUGCUAUUGCCGGGCUGAGUCUUCUUCUUCCUCCUCCUCUUCUUCCUCGUGGUCCUCACUGGCUCCUCCUCUCCGGCUCUGCAGUGCGCUUCGCCGGGAACGAGUCCUUUCUCCAGGUCUACUCGGGGCCCCAGAAGCGGUGGCUGCCCGUGUGCAGCAAAGACUGGACGGAGGAUUUAUCCAGGAAGACCUGCCGGCAGCUCGGAUUCAUCAAGUAAGUCCUGGGUGGGGGCAGCAGGCAGGCGGGAGCGGAGAGAGGCAAAAAGGCAACCCUACUCCUCCUCCUGGGGCAGUUUCCCAAGCAUCUGCCGCCAGGCGCCUCCUCGCUGCCACCCCACAGGAAGGGUGUGUGGCUUACCUGCUUCUUCCAGCAAAAAAGGAGGAGAUAAAAAGGUCACUGCCUUAUGAGGAACGGUUGAAGGAGCUGGGUAUGUUUAGCCUGGAAAAGGGGAGCAAGCUUUUCUUGUCCUGCUCUGGAAGGUAGGACUGGAACCAAUGGCUUCAAGUUGCAAGAAAGCAGAUUCCGACUAAACAUAUGGAAAAACUUUCUGACAGUAAGAACUGUUUGACAGUGGAACAGUCCGGAGCUGGUGGAGUCUCCUUCCUUGGAGGUUUUUAAGCAGAGGCUGGAUGACCAUGGAUGUUUAGUUGAGAUUCCUGCAUUGCAGGGGGUUGGACUAGUUGACCCUUCUUCCAUCUCUACAGUUCUAUGUGGGGCGCCCCCUCCCCCUGCCUCCUACCGCAGUGGAAGUCCAGGUGGGGGUGACAUCCCUCUGCUGCCUUUGGGGGCAGCCCCCUCUAGACACCCCCUCCACCUUCCAUCUCAUCCACAUGUGCCCCCUCCACUGCCUCUGUCUAGUACAAAUACAUGCUGGGGCUGCCCCAAGAUAGGCCUUGCGCCCCAAAGGUCGGCUCUCGCAUCCUGACCACGGCCUCCUUUGUCUCCCCAGUGCCUCCCUAACAGAUUAUGCCCCUCUCUCGUGGUCUGGGAACAGCUUCACAGCUGGAGAAAUGAACAGCACAAUCCAGCAGAGUCUCAGCAGGUAAGGGAGCAAAGAGUGGUCUUUGGAAAGGGGAGAGGACAGCCCUUCCCUCCUAUUGGUGAGAUUCUGAGACAAGGUAGCAACCCCUUGCUAAGAUUGGUUGGCUGUUAUUGAUUGCCCCUUUGUAGACUGGCAGUGGGGCUGCACUGGCCCCUCUCCAAUCCUGGGACCUGCCAGGGUCAGCCCAGGAGAUUUUCAUACCUUAGGCAAAGGUCUAGAUGGUGCAACUCUCACCUCCCCAUUUCUGAUACAGAAACCAACCAAACUGGCUGUUGAAUCUUCUUUCAACAUGGCUGGAGAAGAGGCCAUGCCCUCCACUGCACCUGAGAGCAGGAAGUGAGUUUAGGGGAUGCAGAACUGACUGUGUGGUGCACAUGGCUCUUUCUCCACCACCUCAUUGCCGCUUGAGGCAGCUGUGUCCCCAUACCAAAUGAUAGGACUGGCUCUGCUACUGAUGUAAACAAACUGUGACAGAUCCCAGGGACUAUUUCUAGAAGCUUGCAGUAGGGGGCAUGGUUUGACUAAAAUUUGGGUGAGUUAGGGGAUGGGGCUUGUAGAUUUCAUUAAAUGCGCCUACACCCCCCCACACACACAUAAUACAAGCAUUGCAUGGGAGGGAGGCAGAGGGAUUACUAGAAUGAGUACGAUUCCAGCUUCUUCCCUCUCUUGCUUGCCUACCCAGAAUGCCAAGGGCUGCACCCUUCCAUUGCCACAAAUCCACCCCAAAUCCAGGUAUUCUUAGAUCUUCCUGCCAUAUAGCAACUCAUCAUGCAAUCCUGGAUGGGCCUCCUCCUGUAGGGAAGUUCAGCAACUAUAGUUCAGGGUGGCCCAACUGGGUUCAACUUCAACAUGGAACCCACAGAUCAUACACUGCCUAAGCAAGGCACCAGACUUUGGGAAGGAGGUGCGGGGCUCUGGCAGGGUGCCCUCCCACAUGGGCGUAGGCAGGUUUCAUGUUGGGGGGGCCCCAGAACCUCAGUUAGUUAACAAAUUUUAUUUAUUUACUUGAUUUAGGGGGGCAGCUGCCCCCCCCGGCUACACCUAUGUCCUUCCACUUCCUUCCCAAAGCUAGGGAAGUGUUAACUAGCCUUUAAGAAGGAGUUUGGAGGACUCUAGGACCCUGUCAGAGCUCUCACCCUUCCUUUACAAAGUCCAGUGACUCACCUAACUGGCUUUUGGAAGACAGUGCAAGGGCUGUGUGUGUGUGUGUGUCAAAUGUUGCAGAGGGUGCCAAAAAAGUCCUUGAGGGCCACAUAUUGGAUCACCCUGCUCUAGUGGAAAGAAUCAAGGAAUGACACCCCACCGCUUGCCACUGUCCAAGACCCUGGGCAGCUGCUUGGCCACGUGGAUGAAUGGACUGAUCUGGUCAAGGGCACCUUCCUGUGUGUUGGUUCCAGACUUCCCAUAAUGCUUAACCAUCAACAGAAGUUCAAUUCUUCAUUACUAACUUAAGCCCCAUGAUCUUCCGUGGGUCUAUUCUACAUGUGCCUGGAAUCUGAAUUUAACUCUAAAUUACAUGAUUUCUGUGUGGUUAUCGUAUAUAGUCUUGUGUAACUUUUGAAAAUUGUUUAAAUGUGUGUGUGUGUUUGUGUGUGUGUUUGUGUACAGAAAGAGCCCCCAGAUUUGUGUCUCUCUCAGGCCAGAUUACAAAGACGUUGUUAGCUGAAGCUGUGAAUUUCACAGGAGAUCAGUUUACCAUGUGCUUCCUGACAAUGGUGCCAUCUGCUAUGCAAAAUUAUUCAAGGCAUUACUUCCCUUUAAAGAACAAAAUCCUUAACAUCAAAGGAGCUGUGAGAGAUGAGACUUUUCACACCUUAAAAUGUGUGAGUUCCAGAACAUAAAUUAACAAUUAUUGCUUAACUGAGUGUUUUGUUGACCACCAUGCCAAGACUGGGGAGGCAAUUUGUUGGCUAGAGUUUGCCCUUCUGAACUGCAAUGAGGAAAUGGCCAUUAUGGGCUCACCUGAUACAUAUUGGAGCAUGUGAGAUCGCCAUCCCACAACUCUUUUAAAUGUGUUUUAUUUAGCUAAGAACUAGAAAUGGCAAAAGAACUCCAGCUAAGUCUGCCAGGUUUAUUAUAUGUUGACUGGGGCCCCUUAACCCUCGAAAAGUCUGGUUUAAGAGAGUCCAUAGAACCAUGAAAAAUGCUGAACUUUGAGAAGCGAGGUGGCUCAAAUCCUCCCUUAGCCAAGGAGGCCUUGAAAAAGCCACUGUCUCUUAGAUUAAUCUGCUGGGAGGAUAACACAAAGUUGGGGAAACUCACCUGAUGGAUGUGGCACUCCUUUCUCCCCCUUGGCAUCGGCCUUUGCCUGGGCACUGUUUGGAUCAUUGAUUCCCUGGACUGUCUAGCACAGGGAUGGAGAUCCCUUUCCAUGCCUGUUCCAGCCAAGCCUGCUUAUUCUUGGCACACAGGUGUUCAGAAAGCCCAUUUGUGGUUCAGGAGGGAUGUGGUCCUUCCUGGCACCUCCAUGUGUAAGUUAGGUGGCUAGCUGGCUCUUGGAGACAUGAUCCUACCCCACCUCAAUUCUCUUGGCCAGGGAGUCCCAUUGUGUUGACACUGCAGCCUGCUGGACCCAUCCUCUGAAACCUAACAGUCUGUUUUCAUCUCUCCUAAAGGUCCCAAUGUGGCACUGGAAAGUAUGUUUCCCUCCGAUGCACAAGUAAGGAGACUUUGCUGUUAUAUAGGUGGAAGGUGGGUGGGUAGGUGGGGAGGGUUCCCUUCUGUAUCUCAUGUUAUUUCCAUUGCUAUACCCAAGAGACUGAGCUGUGAGCUACCCUGAAGCAAUCCCUGCCUGACCAUACAUUGCCCAGUUCCUUCAUUACGCAGAAGCACCAUGGGCCCAGCACAGCAGAGAGGUGUGAGUGAGAAAUAGGAGCCUCCAGUGGUGGGUGGUCUAUUAGGGCAAAUGGGGCAUUGCCCCACUCACCUCGGUCACCCUCACCACCUACCUAUGUACCUGUCUUCCCAUAUGCAGCCCAGAGGGUGGGCCUAGCUUUGAGCUUCCUCCUCCUUGGUCUCCGUGUUGCUAUUGUGAAACUCAUCUGGGAGGGGGAUGGAGACAAAACUAGCAUCCAUUGCUCUGCCUCUCUGCCUGCCAUUGUCUCCAUCUACUGCUUCCCAGUCCCAGGAAAGUCCCUGAGUGGGCCAAGAGAAGGAAGUGGCACAUCACUAGAGAGAGAGGGCAGGAAGGGAAGAGUUAAAGGAAGCCUUGGGUGAUGCAAAGGAACUGUGCAAUGCCAGAUCUCACCAUGGUAUAUUUUGGGCACAAGAGUUCUCUGCUUGCCCUUCCAGCACCCUUGGUCCCUUUACAAUGCUACAGUUCUAUGAAUCUUGGAUUUCUUCUCUCCCUGUAGACUGCGGGCAAACAAUGUCUGGCCGCAUUAUUGAAGGCAAUGAAACAACAAUCAAUAAGUGGCCUUGGCAAGUGAGCCUGCACUAUGGGUCGAUUCACAUCUGUGGAGGGACCAUCAUUGAUCCUCAGUGGGUCCUCACAGCAGCUCACUGCUUCUUCAUGUAAGUGGCAUCCCUGGCCAAAACUUGUAAGGUGGGGGCUGAGUUGGAGGGUUGGAUCUGCAGGGGGAAAUUGACCUUCUGGGUUUCCACUGUGGCUACAUGUAGUUCUGAGGGAUAUCAUGGCAGGCUGGAGAAUGAGAUCCAAUGAAUCCAGGAGGUCCAACAGGAAGGAAGUCAGUGGACCAUCUGCUCUGACAUCCCAUCCCUGAUACCUACUCCACCUGUUAUUGCAAGGCAGGAGAUGCCAUGGCCACUUCCCUGGACAGGUCACCCCACUCCACUCUCUUCCACAUCCCCCCCAGUUUGCUUGCAGCUUCCUCCCAACUGCAACUGCAACUGCCCCACCAGCCCCUGCCCUGUCCUUUUUGCCCCCUGCCUCCCCUCCAUCCCUCUCUUUCUGAUAAAGUAGCUGCAUCAUCUGGCACCCAGUCCUGAACCAAAGCACGUUCUCCCUCUCACAUGCACCCCUGUCACACUUAACUCAUGUUCUGAGCACACGUUCCUGCUGAGAAAGAUGGCUUUGGACCAAAGCAGAAGCGACUCUACCCUAACCUGUGUGGCAUUUCAUCCUUUGGGCCUCUAAGGAAUAGUGUGAAGAUCCUGGACCAGUGGAAGGUGUAUGCUGGGGCCUCCAACCUCAAGCAGCUGCCUACUGCGGGCAUCCCUGUUUCACACAUCAUCAUCAAUGCCAAAUAUGAUGAUGAUCAUGAUGACUUUGACAUUGCACUGCUGAAGCUCUCGAAGCCUCUGACCUUAUCAGGUAAAGCUCCCUGACUUUAUGCUGCCACAUCUCACCUUCCUCCCUGCUUUCCUGGUGCUGAGGUCCCUUGGUGAAACAAGCCCACAGCCUCCCCCUCAAGGGGAAACUAAUCUCUCUCUCCUCUCUCUGCUUCAGCCAAUGUCCGCCCAGCCUGCCUCCCCACAUUUGAUCAGAAGUUCCUGCCUGGGAGGACCUGCUACAUCACAGGCUAUGGCAAGACAAAUGAGAAUGAAGGUAAAUUGGGGUGGGGGUUCUUCAUCUGAUGGGAUGUAGAGCUGCAGCUUGAGGGGUGCAGAGGACCCCAAGCCAGCUGCAGAGCAAACUCCAACAGGAGGUGCUGGUGUGCCCAGGAGAGCUCCUCCGUCUCAUCAUGGCCUGCUUAUUUCAGAGAAUACAUCGCCAAAGCUGCGGGAGGCAGAGGUGAAGAUAAUUGACUACAGACUCUGCAACAGCCAGAAUGUGUAUGACCACUACCUGACCCCACGGAUGAUGUGUGCUGGGUACUUGAAAGGGGGAAGAGAUGCUUGCCAGGUGAGAAUGGUAUUUUGCUGAAAGAAGGCAAGGGGGUGUGGUUUCAAGAGUACCCAUGGGCCCUCAGGUUGGUCAUCCCCCAUCCUCUUCUCACUGGUGGCAGGAGCCAAGUGCCAAAUGCCCAGGGGCUGAGGUGGGUGCACUGAGCACCAAGUGGAGUGCUUUGACCAGAGCUGUCAAGCGUGGAGAGUUCCCCUCUUCCUUCAGUAGCUUCACAGAUAAGAAUUAACAAGCAGUUGAUAGGUUUAUGGUCCCUUUAUUACAGCAUCAUGUUGCAAGCACAAACACACAACUCUCCACAAGGAGAUCAGGUGCCUACUUUGAAUCCUACUCCCGCAGCAAGGAGUGCACCAAUGGGAAGUUCCUCCCCUUCCCUGCCUCCUUUGUUCUCUGUGCAGACCUUCAAGUUCGUGGGGAGGAAGGGUCCUCCACACUCUCAAUUGAUGUGUCUCCCGCUGCUCCCUCCCUUUUGGAUCUCUUGUCAUUAUCUCAUAGCUGGGUAACUCCUCCCUAAGCUGUUUUGCUUCUGUAUCUGUGUCUGCCUCCCUCUCUGCUUCUGAAAAUGCUGGAGGCAGGGGGGCGGGGCGAAUACUCCCCCUCCACUUCUGUGAGGAGUUAAUCUGCCUACGACUGCAUUCCCCAAUCUUCAGAUCCAGACCAUUCCCUGACAUGAGGUGUCCCUAAGAGGCUGUGCUUUCUGGGGAUGGAGGGCUCAAUAAAUUACAAGUCCUGUCCAGUUCUUUAAAACGUUGAGACAGGUGAUCUGCCUGCUGUGUUGCCAUGAGAAGAGGUUAUGCCCAGGGCACAUAUCCUGUCAUAAAUUAUAGGCCUGCAGUGGAAAGUCCUCCUUUGUGGUGCCUUCAUGGGCCUUGCUCACAAGCCACUGUGGCCGACAACUUUUGGGAGACCCAAAUGUCAGGUGGCUUCUGCUCCACCCUUCUCCAGCCUCUGGUUCCAUCUUGCCCCACUGACCUUCUCUCUCUGCCCCAGGGUGACAGUGGAGGCCCCCUGGUCUGUAAUGACAGCUCUCGUUGGUACUUGGCUGGCAUCACCAGUUGGGGGACUGGCUGUGGCCAGAAGAACAAGCCUGGUGUCUACACGAAGGUCACAAAGCUGCUUAGCUGGAUUUACAGCAAAAUGGAGGUAAGGGAGAAUGUGAGGAGCCUGCUGGGGGCCGGCUGACUUCUUUCAGCUUAGGAGACUGGCAGGCAGACUACAGGUGGAGAGGUGCUGGAAAUGGUUGCAAAAUGUUUCUUCAAUGCUCUGCUAAAAGAUCAAAGGUUUGUCCAGCAACUCCUGAGCCAGCGAACAUGCCUCUUAGUGGGAGGGAAGCACGUCCUUGAUUCAUUGCAACUUCUAGGUCAUAUUAUGGGGACAGGUCUGAAAUAGCUAGUGCCAAAGCCAUUCUUCACCCACCUUCUGUCCUACAAAGGUGGACAGACAUGGGUGUAGUCAGGAUUUUUUUUAGAGGGAGGUGGGCAUUAUGUUGGAGGAGAGAACUAAGUUAUUGGCAACACAAUUGGUCAGUUAGCUAAGUAUUUUUAAUUGAUUUAAUUAAUUUUUAAUAAUAUUUAAUUGAUUUAGCGUGGGGCAGCUGCUCCCCUGCCCCCCUGGCUAUGCCCAUGUGGACAGAAACUUAUAUUUGCAACUGAAUGCAUCUCCUUUUCAUUGCCCCGAGGAAGAUGCCCUGGGGAGUUCAAAAGUGUGGGAAUGUUGCGGAUAGUAUGAAAGGACAUAUUGAUUAAAUAUUAUCCUUUCUUACUUGUGCUAGUGAGUCAGUAGCAGAGUACAUUCCCCAGUAUGUUGCAGGAAGCUAGUUAGUAGAUUCAUUUGAAUCUCUUUACUUAAGCAGUCUAAUCUGACUUGUCCAGAUUGGGUUUGUUCCUGGUAAAUACCCUUUGUUACCUCUUAAAAAGAAUAAAGACACAACAGUCUUUUCUUAAAAGUAACAAGAAGUUUACUUACAUUCAGUUAACAGUAUGAUCCUGAAGACUGGCUUUAGCUUGUAGUUACAGAACAGUGUUUGAGUUCAGCCCCUAUGGGAAUGAGCCCAUGUGCUGCUGGCUGAGAGCCAGCACACAGCAAAAGCAUCAAGAUGGAAUAAAAUGAAGAAGAAGAAAGAGGAAGGUGGCUGCGUGACCAGCCCUUUUAUGGGGUCUCUAAGGGUCAUGCCCAUCUACCUGGUCACAUGCAGGGGGAGGAUGCUCCAGACCAGGUUUGACAAGAAGUCCUCCUGGCUGGAGCAACAUCCCCCUGUGUGUCCACUCUGGGCAAACAGGAAGUGUUGUACAGUGGUACCUCUGGAUGCGAACGGGAUCCGUUCUGGAGCCCCGUUCGCAUCCUGAAGUGAACGCAACCUGCGUCUCUGUGUCUCCAUGUCUGCACGUCUGUGUGUGCGCGGGUCACAAUUUGCCACUUCCACGCAUACGCGUGAUGUCGUUUUGAGCAUCUGCGCAUUCGCGAGCAGCGAAACCUGGAAGUAAUGCAUUCCGUUACUUCCGGGUCGCCGCGGAGCGCAACCUGAAAACACUCAAUCCGAAGCUACUUCAACCCGAGGUAUGACUGUACUCAACUGCUUAUGUUAGAUCUCAUAAAAGCUUGCACAUUCCAGAGUAGCCGAAGUUCAGUCUGGCAACAGGUGCCCCUUUCUCACUUUUCCCCAGUUGUGGGGGAAAAGCAGCUGCUUUCCGUGGGCUCAUUUCAUUCCUUCCUUCCUUCCAUUCCAGAGCCAGAGCCAGACUGACUGA